AGUUCCGAGUGGCUGAAGACAUUGCAGGAAGUUGUGAGUUACCAGGCCAACAGACGGAACAUUUUGGUACCCGUGUCUAAUACGUGUUUUUGUUGCUUAUUACUUUAGUGAAUAACCACAUUAUACCAGGGCAAAAUGAGACCUAUGCCAACAGGACCUAAAAAUCCCCACAUCCAGGCGAGUCAUGGCCCCGAUACCAACUUGAUGAAAUUCUACAUCACCCAGAAUUCUACAACGUAUGGAAAAUACUGGGACAAGUUUAAACCUCGACAAGGCCGACACACUGGGACUGGGUACUCAGCUAACUUCAGACCGGCCGUCUACUACAGCAAGAGACUUGACAACUUGGACAAUCCAGUCAUGAGUCAAAUUUGUGCGCAAAACUACCAUACGAUGACCGAGUUGGAUUUUCAGCGUUACAGAGAGAAUACAGGAAGUGAAGUGCUGCCAUUUCAUGUCAAACAGGUGGACACAGGAUUUGUACAGGGCAAGCCAGUUACUAUUCCUCUGGAAAAAGAGGUAAAGGGCGUGUUUAUUAACACCAGAGUGGCCAGUGCUCCGUCAGACAUCCUUCCCCGUGGCCGACCAAGACUGGAAACUCUGCAGCCAAAGAACCCCAUAGAUCUCGAAAACAAUGCCUACGGACCAAGUUAUAUGAGCACAGAAACAAAAGAAAAAUUUAAAAGUCCUGUUGCUACAAGCAUGCCCAGUUACAAGAUUGUUUGUCCAAAAGAGGACACAGGGUUCACUCAGGCAUACAAUAUUGAACCCAUCACGUUCAAUCCUAACCAGACACACUCUGGGGAAACACCCAGCUGGAUGACCACUCGUCCAACAGGAAUCAGUAUAAUGAAGUCACACUUCAUCCCGUAUGAAAACCCAUCCGGCAAUGACCCUCUUCCGAACCCAGCUCAUGGAUCGAGUCACAAGUCUGGAUUCACACGGGAGAAACCCAAACCAAUCUACCUGCAGAAAAUGUCCACCGCUUAUGACCAUGAAGAUCAAAUGCCACCUGGCAGGCUCGAUUAUCUGAAGAAGAAUGACCCAGCAGAUUACCUGAAUGUGAUACACCCCAACAACUACUCCAGUGUUUCUAAGAACCACAACCGGGGUCUUCAGCGGCCCGAGCUGUCCGAGGCUGACCGGCUGAGUCGAACCGCGGUCGGAAUGAAGGAGCUGUCAGGAUACUCGGCUAACACAGACAAAUUUGUUCAGGUCGAUGACGACAGGAGGAGGUUCAUCACGCACUACAUGACAAGGUUCAAGGACAAGACACCGUAUGGCAUGGACCGGGAGGGGCACUGUCGGCAUGGCAUUCAGCAGCUCUUACCUGACGGAUUCACCAAAAGCACGUUGAUGCAUUCACUCGGUCUGGACGUAAACACCACAGACACUCUGCAACGACUAGAACCUUACGUAGCAAGGAGCAUAAAAAAACGUGAUGUAUUUUAUGAUGACCACACAUAUGACUACAAGAUGCACCCAUCUCCAUUAGCUGCAGUGUAGAUGAUCCAGUAUCAUUUACAAUUGUUUACCGUACUCAGUUAGCUGCACUUUAAAACCUGUUUGUGAUAGCAAUUGCUUUUAAGUAUUAUUUUACAAUGUUUGUCUCUUUUGGACAUUCCUAGAGGUAAUGCUAUGUCAGAAAAGAUAAUGCAACUAACAACAGAAAAUUAUACUGCUGAAGAUGAGUUAUUUUUAGAUGCAACAUAUGUUAAAUUUUAUUAAUUACACUACAAAAUUUGUCUCUGAUAGCAGUUGUAUAUACAGUGUUAUUUUGCAGUAAUUGUCUCUUUUGGACAUAUUAUGUCUCCUAAAAGUGAUACCAUGCCAAACACGAUGUAGGCAUGUUAAGACUAAAAAUUAUACUGCUGAAGUCAAACAUUAUUUUAGAUGAUACAUGUGUUAAAAAAAUUAUGAAAGUAUUUUAUUUGAAUGUGAAUAUGUCUUUUAUAAUAAUGGAUAGGCACAAAAAGAGUUUCUGUUUUAAGAAUGUUUUAAAAAAAAUUAUUUUCAUAAUCAUAUAUCUCGUGUUUUAUAAACUAUUGGUUGGCUUAGAAAUGCACUCGGGUUAAUACACCGGUAGGGCUUGAAUAAUUCAGCUGAAUGGCAUGAAUGUUUUUAUAUUAUUAUUGCCAGUUACCGGUAGUUGAAUUAUUCUUUCAUUUGCUAAUAUGUCCUACCAUUUUCUAAUAGAUGGAUUAAACAGGUAUCACACACCAAAACAGUAUUCACGUUAUUUCCCUUGACAUGUUAAUUGUUUUUAAAUUUUUAUGAAGUGUAUGAAUUUAUUUUGAGGGUAUUUAAUAAUACAUGUAUAUACAUUGUAUCUUAUUAAGUUGUUGAUGAGAUUGUUGGGCUAUCUAAACCAGUCAUGGUUAUAUCUCUUGCACAUAUUGCUAUCUUUUAGUUAAGUAUUUCAUCAAACAGAUGGAAACUGACGAGUUUAAGUCAAUUUAGUAGCUGAAUUCAUUUUGUAUGUUGAUACACUGUCGUCAAAAAUGUUGAUAUCAUGUACAUAGUAAUAUAUUAGUUAAACAUUAAUACUUGUAUUUGAACAGAAAUACUUGGUUUGUAUAUAAUUAUUUGUUUAGUUACUGUAUUCUGUCUUUGUUUUUUUAUCAAACAAAUAUUACACAUUCCACAACUACCAAUAUAUAAUCAAGACAUAUGCUUGUAUGUAUGUGUAUGUAAGUAUGAGUGUUUGCAUGUGUGUGCAUGUGCAUUUGUGUUUUUAUAUUUAUUCAGCAAUAUUAUAACCACAACAUAUUCAUUUAAAUAAAAAUUUCUACAUUUGUAUGAUACAUAAAUUAUAAAUUACCAUUUCACAUAUGACCGAAUUUUCAUGAUUGUGGGGUUUUUUGUAAGUACCUUUUAGAAAUAGUAUCUUGUCUAAUGAAUCAACACAAUGUUUAACGAGACUGUCCUGUGUUUGCUGUCACUGAAAGAUGGUUGUGACUAAUAACAUUUUGUAAUAACUACAAUUACCUACUAAACCGAGAUUUUUGUAUGGGAUAUCAGUGUCUGUAUUUUCAGUGUGUUUCUGGUCCUCCUACUGUAUGUAAGUAGUCCAAACUGGAUUUCGACACCCAGUAAUUUCAUACAUAUAUAUGAAAACAUACAUGUAUAUAUAUUAGGAUUUAAAAUGAAGUUUGACCUUGUAUAAACACUAGGAUGAUCAGAAACACAUUUAACACUGGGGGGUGGGGGGUGUAGGUGGUGUUGCAAUAGUUUUGUGUUUAUUUCCCUUUCAUAAAAUAAUUCUUCGUUUAAACCAAGUAUGUGUAUAAAAUAAAAUAAUUUGUUUUAAAAGUUAUGGCAUAUCAACCUGCAGGCACAGAAUAAUAAUGGUGUCCCCCCACCCCACCCCCACCCCCCACCACAUUUGUGAUCAUUUGUGGAACAUGGCCAUGCCCCUCCCUAACUUUUCCCUUUUAUUGUGCUUACAAGGCUAGAAAUGCCACAUUUUACACACAAGACAAAAUUGUAUUGGGGGCACAUACCCCGACUCCUCCCAUUCUAACAGGUUUAGGACUCUAAUUUCCAUCCUCCUGGUUCUGACAAUGCCACCCACACCCAGCCCCCACCCAGCCCCCACCCCACCAUCAAAUAUACUCAGUGAGGCCCUGCUUAGGCUACACUUUUGAAUUGUAGAUACAGUUAGAAGCUUUAUUAAACGUUUUACACUAGCUCUUCUGUUUUAUCAUCUAUAAGUUCUAUACUACUAUGGUGAGACAUAUGUGAUGAACCAACCUCCCAACCUAUCUCACAUCUUACCCUGGCUCCUAAAGCUCUGUGUUUAUGAUUCCUUGUUCCAUUAGCAGUGCCAGUUCAUGGUGAAUCCAGUAUUAACAAAUAUAACAUUUAAUAUUUGUGUGUAUUAAUGUUCCACAACUCGGUGUUAUCACAGUUUUACCUUGCAAGUCGGUUUAGACUCUGAACAUACGAGAAUAGCUUCACUGAUAGACAGUGUAAUGUAUUAUUUUAUGUGCGUGUUCUUUUUAUAUACUGGUACAUGUUAUUCAAUUUGUAAGUGUACAAAUAAAACAAUUUGAAAAUC